UAAAUAAAGAAAGAGCUGAUUUGUAUUUUCACGGGAACAAUGGAGAGGUACGAGUUAAUUAAGGAAGUUGGUGAUGGAUCGUUUGGGAGUGUUUGGAGAGCUAUUAAUAAGCAAACUGGAGAAGUUGUUGCAAUUAAAAUAAUGAAGAAGAACUAUUACUCUUGGGAGGAGUGUUUAAACCUGAGAGAAGUCAAGUCACUAAGACAAAUGAACCACCCAAAUAUUGUGAAGCUAAAGGAAGUUAUUCGAGAAAGCGACAUUCUGUACUUUGUUUUUGAGUACAUGGAAUGCAACCUGUACCAACUUAUGGAACACAGGGAGAAGAUGUUUUCUGAGGGUGAAGUUAGGAAUUGGUGUUUUCAAGUUUUCCAAGGUCUUGCUUAUAUGCACCAGCAUGGAUACUUCCACCGUGAUCUGAAGCCUGAGAACUUGCUGGUUAACAAGGAUAUCAUAAAAAUUGCUGAUCUUGGCCUAGCACGUGAGAUCAGUUCAGAACCACCCUACACUGAUUAUGUCUCCACACGCUGGUAUCGUGCUCCUGAAGUGCUGCUUCAAUCUUAUCUGUAUAGCUCCAAAGUUGACAUGUGGGCAAUGGGUGCUAUAAUGGCUGAACUGUUGUCUCUUCGUCCUCUUUUCCCUGGUGCCAAUGAAGCGGAUGAGAUCUACAAAAUAUGCGGUGUGAUAGGCAGCCCAACUAUUGAAUCAUGGGCUGAUGGGCUGAAACUUGCAAGGGAUAUAAACUAUGAGUUCCCACAACUUGCUGGUGUACAUCUUUCGGCACUAAUACCAUCUGCGAGUGAUGAUGCAAUCAGCCUUAUCAGGUCGCUUUGCUCAUGGGAUCCCUGCAAGAGGCCAACAGCUGCAGAGGCCCUUCAACAUCCCUUUUUCCAGACUUGUUUUUACGUUCCUCCAUCCCUUCGUACUAGAGCAGCCCUUGAUCAGCAAGGGGUUAGGAGAUAUUCUAGCAUGUUGCCUAAUUCAAAGCUCACCAAUAACUUCUCUUCUCCGAAAUUGCAUCCUCCUUUAGCUUUGGAUACGGUGAAUCAGAAUGGAAGUAAGAAUGAGAAUUGGAUUUCUGAAUCUGGAAACUUCAUGCUGAGAGCUGCACAGCCGAUCCCCACCGGAAGAACUUUCAGUCGAAAGGUUGCUGGAUGA